CUCACAGAUCAGAAGUGAAGGGGUGUGAGCUCAGCCAAUGAGAAGUUACACAGGGGUGUGAGCUGAGCCAAUGAGGAGUUUCCCAGGGGUGUGAGCUCAGCCAAUCAGAGGACAGAAGAGGAGCACAGCUGGAAUAUAUACAGAGAGGAAGGUUCUUAGCAGAAUAAGGAGACAACUGCCUGAUGUGACCAUCUGGGAUGCAGUGACCUCAGGAGACCACCUAUAUUCCUUCUGCUGGACCCUAUAUUCUUCUCACUCCCCCUCAGGAGACCACCUGUAUUCCUUCUGCUGGACCCUAUAUUCUUCUCACUCCCCCUCAGGAGACAUGUCUCUCUCCUCCAGACCUCUCACAUCUUUCCUCAUCCAGGACAUCCUCUCAGACCUGGGCUGCAAAGGCAAAGAGAGACACUUGGAGGUGCAACCUGAAGACCAUGAGAGGCAAUCCUCAGGAGACCUCUCCCCCAAGACAGAGCCCUCAGAUGGUGAUAGAACCAAAGCCCACUACUCACUGGAGACCAAUCUCAUGACAGAUGAUCUUGAGGUCGAGCACUCGGACCACGCCAGCACUCCACGACCACCAUCAGGAGAAGAGGAUAAGGCCGGCAAACAGCCUCCAAAGAGGUCCCGGGCAGCCUUUUCCCAUUCUCAAGUCAUAGAGCUGGAAAGAAAGUUCUCCAGCCAGAAAUACCUCUCGGCCCCCGAAAGAGCCCAGCUGGCCAAGAGCCUGAAGCUAACCGAGACCCAAGUGAAGAUCUGGUUCCAGAAUCGUAGAUAUAAAACCAAAAGGAAGCAACUGGCCACCGACCUGGAGGACCUGGAUAAGACUUCUUCUCUCCCUAUACUAUGCCGGGAUGGAGAACUAAGCCGGACCUCUCUCAUGAAUCUCUACCAGAACUACAACUACUACCCAUACCUGUAUUACCUGGCAGGGUGGCACCCGCCAUUGUGGUGAUCUCAACCACCAAACUCCCAGACUGAACAAAUCCUAAUAUAUUUUUUAUUAUUAUUAUUAACAAUUACAUUCGAUAUACAGUGAUCCCUCAAGUUACAAUAUUAAUUGGUUCCGGGACGACCAUUGUAGGUUGAAACCAUUGUAUGUUGAGACCAGAACUCUAUGGAAACCUGGUCAUUGGUUCUGAAGCCCCCAAAAUGUCAUCCAAAAAUAGGAAAAAAGUGAGGAUUAAAGAAAAAUAAGUAGAUAACUAAUAUAGAUAAAGCAAAUCCUUACAUAUAAAAGUAAGAAAGAUCUGCUGGGAGCUGUAAUCACUGUCUAUGUCAGUGUUUUCCCAGCAGGGAGCCUCCAGCUGUUGCAAAACUACAACUCCCAGCA